AUGGAGGAGACGUUGGAUGAAUUCGAGACAGAUGAGAACCCAACCAACCAUCACGUGCUUGGCUCCUACCUACUCUGCCACGCCGCUACCUACCUACCUACCUCCUGCACCAACAGCGGUAUAAACAUCCAUCCAUCGACACCAGGCAAAGAUCCACCGACUAUCGAGACCAACAUGGGUGCCGAUAGCAAUCUCCGCGUCCUGGACGCCGGCGUGGUCAGGCCGUCCGACAUCAACCUCCCGGCGCACUCUCUCCCGUUCACCUUCUUCGACGUAAGAUGGCUCCGCCGGCCGCCCGUCCAGCGACUCUUCCUCUACCGUCUCGAACACCACCACCACCACACCGUCCAGCAGCUCAUCUUGGGCCUCAAGGCCUCCCUCUCCAAGGCCCUCACUCUCUUCUACCCGCUCGCUGGCCACGUCCGCUUUGCCCCCAACACCAACCGCUACGAGCUCUUCUACCAGCCCGGCGACGGCGUCGCCUUCACCGUCGCGGAGUGCGACACCGACGUCAACGACCUCGCCCGUUCCUCCGACGGCGAGCCCGUGCAGGUCGCCAGCCUCGCGCCUCUCGUGCCAACACUUCCAAACGGCCGCGCCGUGCUCGCCCUGCAGGCCACCGAGUUGCUUGGGGGGCGCGGCCUCGCGCUCGGCGUAACUGUGCACCACUCCGCUGGUGACGGCGCCAGCUCCACCCACUUCCUGCACACUUGGGCCGCCGUCUGCAACGGCGCGGUUGAAAUGCCUCCGCCACCCGUCAUCGACCGCACGCUCAUCGCUGAUCCUAUGGGCCUCUACGACAUCUAUUGCAAAGAAAUGCCCACUGACGACGGCGAGGUCGAGUUCGUGACCAGCAGCGUGUCCUCUCUCCCCGACGACCAGCUCGUCGCCACGUUCACACUGCCUCAGGAGCUCCUAAGUGGCAUCAAGGACACGCUUGCCCGAGAAGCGGCCAGGCUGCACGCUGCGCCCCCGCACAGAUGCUCGUCGAUGCUCGCGGCCUACAGCUUCAUCUGGUCAUGCUACUGCCGAGCCAAACAGGAACAGAACCAAACAAAAACUACUUAUUUCCUCUUCGCUGUGGAUCACCGGGCACGGCUGAAGCCGCCCGUCCCUGCCACAUACUUUGGAAACUGCAUCAACCCGGCCAUCGCCGCCGCGCGCCACGACGAACUCGCAGCAGCCGGAACGGGAGGCCUCUUCACGGCAUUCAUGGCGAUCGCGAGCGCGCUGGAGGAAGAGGUGGGGGAGCGUUCGCAGGAGAGGUGGGAUGGAUGCAUCGAGAGGGCGAGGGGGGCCAUGAAGGCCGGCGCGAUGUUCGUGGUGGGGUCGCCGAGGUUCCGCGUGUAUGACAUCAACUUCGGGUUCGGGAGGCCAGGGAAGGUUGUGGCAGUGUCCGCGGCGAAGACCGGCACGAUGCCGAUGGCAGAUGCGCCCAACGGCGUUGCCGGUGUCGAGGGAGAAGGCCCUGAAGCAGGGGUACUGGUCAAAGUUGAUGCGCGGCGGCUGGCCGGGAAGCGCUGUGAUCUUGUCGGCCGCCUUGGCGCCCACAGGUGGGAAAGGAAAUUGCGCCCGCAGGUGGCUGAAGCUGUUGGCGUCGGCCCAUGGGUCGGUCUCCUCGGGCACGUUUGCACCACUGGCCCUGUCAGCUUGUCUCUUCUUGGCUCUGGACUCGAUGAACCUCAUGAGCUGAUCCUCCUGCCAGGCAUCUGCGAGUGA